UUUUUUUUUAAUCGAGGCUGGCAUCACCCUGCUCAUCCUAGGUUGAAGCAUUACACUUUUACAAUCUUUGGUAACACCUAAACGUUUGUAAAUUCAGAAGGAUACCCAGCCCUUUGCUUAGGCGGAAUAUUUAUGAUAUCAACAUUUCUGCCUAGAACUUUGCUAUCUGCAUCAGCAGACCAACGAAGAAGAAAGUGAAUCGCAAUGGCGACUCCCAUGCACAGAAUUAUUGCCCGACGACAGGCGGAAGCAAAUAAACAACAUGUGCGAUGUCAGAAGUGUUUGGAAUUUGGCCACUGGACAUAUGAGUGUUCAGGAAAGCGUAAAUAUCUUCACAGACCAUCAAGAACAGUAGAGAUGAAAAAGAAACUCAAAGAGAAUGAGAAUAAGCAGGCCAAUAUUACAGGUCCAGGAAGAGAAGGCUCCUCUGAGAGAAAACCAAAAAAUAAAAGGUCAAAAGACAGCAGCAGUAGUAGCAGUAGUGAUUCUGACAGUUCCUCCAGUGACUCCUCGUCUGACAGCAGUGACUCCUCCAGUUCCUCGGAUGACGACAGUGACAGCAGUAGUGACAGCUCCAGCUCCUCUUCCUCCUCAAGUUCCAGUUCAGACUCUGGCUCAAAUAGUGACAAUGACUCAGACCAAGGCCCACCAAAGAAGAAGAAAAAGAAGAAAUAGACGAUAGUUCCUCCCCUGGCUUAAUGUAUUAUUAGACGUCUUGUAUGGAUUAACGUGAUAAACAUUUAAGAUAUUAACCUUGCAGCAAAGCAGAGGCUACAACUGUCCAUCACUACCAUGUCUAUAUCUAUCUGAUCCUUUUAGUAACAAGUAUGUGGGGCGAGGGGGUUUUCUGGACAGAGCCAUUUUGGUGUACAUAUGCCAAGCAGUCAAGCCUUUUUGUACCUUCCCUUACCUGUACCUUUAUAAAAACGUUGAGUCCAGCGUCAUACCUGCUUUUGAGUUUUAUGUCAUAGUCUGCGUUACCCAAAUUAGGAACUUAGGUCUAGAAAAAUGGAAGUGUUUUACACAUUGAUGGGAAAGUUUGAGUUAAUACAAUUGACAUAAUUCUUAUUUUUCUACUGUAAAGUAAUGCUUUAAAUGAAAAGCUAAUUGAGUUUUGAUGGAAAAUUCGUUUUUAUUUUAAUUGAAUGCACAUUGUAACUGGAAUUUCAAAAAAGUAAUGUUUUGAAGUUUAUUCGUUUCUGGAAUAUUGAAAAAACGUAUUUAGCUGAAGUGUAUAACUUUUUAGUAAUGUGUCUGAAUGGGAUGUCGAUUUGUAUCAUUGCAUUUAAAUAUUUUUUCAUUAAAGCAGUACACAGAAACAUGGAGUGAUUGACA